CCUCUUGUUGAAUCUAAAUUUCGCACUAAAGGAUGUCCACGCGUCAAUUGUGGUUCGGCGCACGCCUUUGUGGACAUUCCACUGCCCUCUGGUUGCAACCGCGACGCCGGCAGGUGAUUUUUGCAGCCAUGAACUACUCUAAGAGCGCAAGGUCUCCGCCUGAUUUUAAACUAUACCUGACACGCAUGGUGCCAAAUAAAAGUUACCCAAAAUCAAAGAAAACUUCGUCCGUGAGUUGGCCAAAAUUUGGAUUUCUCCUGUCAUUUCGAAGACAUUUUGGUAGAGCGAUUGCAAAUUGCUCGAUUAAUUCGGGAGCAGGUGAAGAAGGAGCCCCACCAUCUGAUGCUCCACCGACUGGACCAAGAAGAGGAUCCAAUGCAAGAGGUUUCCCAGUGACUCCGGGCGUAGAAUCGGUUGCCAGACCGCCGAAAGCCGAACGACUCGCACCCUCAGGAUUGCCGUCUAUGCCAGUGAUUGAGCCUGAAACACCUGUGGAGGCACCAACCGAAUUUUCAGCAGAAGGCCUUUCCGAGUCACUAUCCAGCCCGGAGAGGACUCAUCUUGAAGCAGCGGAAGAGCAAUCUACUGAAACUUCAAAGACAAGAGAUGCAGCAGAAGCAAAAGAUGCAGAAAUCGCCACCAAACUAUCAGCAGAUGCGCCGACUGUUCCCCCUGCCGCAUACGAAGGAGAAAUAUCUUAUGAUUUACGAACAGAAAUGGAGCAGACACUAAAAGAAGAAUCAACGGUGGAGAAAUCACCACGAAAAGAAGUCCCUGAUAGUCCAGGAGCCAGAGUAAACGCAGGACCGACGAAAACUCAUCCCUUGUCACUCUCUAUGCCAUCGACUGUCUCUAGUGAGGCGUGUAUAGGAGCUCCAAGGCCAGAACCGGCUUCCACUACUUCGAAACCAUCGAUAGUGUCUCCCCCUGGUUCCACUCCGGCAGGAGGAAGCGGCGUUGCAGAAGGGAAACCACCAAAGGGAACACGAGCAUACACUACACCGCCAAAAAAACCGACGGGUCCUUAUGGUCCACCUAUGCCACAGCCAAAAGGUCCCUUAUUCCCACCAAAGAGAGCUACACCACCGGAUAAAGCUGCAACCAAACCAGAACCACCGCCAUGUAAGCCAGCACCCAAAAAACCAACGGGAAAGGAUGCAUCUCCUCCUGCUUUAGCUCCUGCCCCUGCUGGUCCGAAAAAGGAAGAAAAUGCGGCGGGACCGCUGCCACCGCCUUCCACUCCUCCACCCACUGGAAGCCCUGGAAAGUCCCCAGGCGAUGGAACACCAAAAAAACCCACCACCAUAGCACCAACAGGUGGAGCAGGAGUUGACAAAGGUGGAUCAAAGAAGAGUGCAGGCAAUGGAGGAUCAGCGAAGAGCGGAGGCAGUGGCGGCACGAAGACUCCGCCGCCGCCAACGGGAAAGGGCUCCAAGGGUCCACGCCUCAUCACGCUGAUGCCUGGCGAUGGCAUUGGACCGGAAAUCUCCAUGGCCGUUCUGGAAGUACUCGAUGCGGUGAAGGCGCCUCUGAUCUUUGAGCCUGUGGACGUAACGCCCGUGAUAAACAGCAGGGGACAGACGAUGAUACCCGAUGCGGUGAUUGAGAGCAUGAAUCGCACGAAAGUGGGUCUCAAGGGACCCCUGAUGACGCCCGUGGGCACGGGUUUCCGCUCCUUGAACCUCACGCUGCGGCAGCUUUUCAAUCUGUACGCCAAUAUCCGGCCAUGCAAGUCGCUGCCUGGAGUGGAGACGGUCUACGGGGAUGUGGAUGUGGUGACCAUUCGGGAGAACACCGAGGGGGAGUACUCGGGGCUGGAGCACACCCUCGUCAAUGGGGUGGUGCAGAGCAUCAAGCUGAUCACGCGGGACGCCUCCAUGCGGGUGGCCGAGUACUGCUUCAAGUAUGCGCUCGACAUGAAGCGGAAGCAGAUCACGGCCGUCCAUGAGGUAAACAAUAUGCGAAUGUCCGACGGACUGUUCAUCCGAUGCACGCGGGAGAUCGCCAAGAAGUACGAGAAGGAGCUGAAAGCAGGGGGCAUCAAGUACGAGGAGGUGACCCUCAAGACAGUCUGCCUGAAGAUUGUGGAGGAUCCCAAGCGAUUCGAUGUCCUCAUCCUACCGAAUCUCUACGGCGAUAUCAUCUCCGAUACAUGUGCCGGUCUCAUCGGUGGAUUGGGUCUGACGCCGUCUGGGAAUAUAGGCACCUCUGGGGCCAUCUUUGAGUCUGUCCAUGGCACGGCCCCGGACAUUGCUGGCAAGGAUCUGGCCAAUCCCACGGCCCUGCUGCUCUCCACGGUGAUGCUGCUGCACUACGUUGAGUUGCACUCUCAUGCGGAUGCCAUCGAGAAGGCGAUUGUGAAGACCAUCAAGGAUGAUAAUGUGAGGACCGUCGAUCUGGGCGGUAAAGCAAAGUGCUCGGAGUACACAAAGGCGUUGAUAAAUAAUCUCCAGUAACCGGGAAGAUCCUAGCGUAAUUCCAAAUCUUCUCUAAACAGUUUGGGAAAUUUAAUUAAAAUUAUUGCAUGAAA